AUGGCAAGUUUGGCUAGAGAUCAAGCCUUUCCUAACGGAUGCUCAUCUCGUUUUUGGAUGAUUUUCUUCUUGUUCUUCUUCGUCUUCUUCGAAGCAAUUCAGCCGACCAGCGGAGAAUUCAAACAAGACAAAGUUUAUUCAUCCAAUGCUUUGGCAUUUUCCAAAAGAGGCCUUUCCAACGCCAAUCGACUAAGCGGAACCUCUUCUCGCUUUCAAAUUCAUUCCGGAUCAACGAUUGGUGAUAAUAGUGCGAUCUCUCUAAAUGAUCUCAUCUUGAGUGAUUUACUCAUCGUUUCAUCAAUCGAAGGCGGAAUUUAUGGUUUGGAUCGAAACACCGGCAAAAUUAUUUGGUCCUUACCACCUAGAUCCGAAGCAAAUCCGAGCACGAAACGCAGUAAUGCAACCCAAAGUGCGAAUACUGUUGGCUUUAGCCCUUUGGUAGGAACAUCGUACGGUCCCAAGCAAAGAACAUUUUCCGAUUUAGUAAACGAUUUACCUUUGAUCGAGACUGAAGGAGAUCAAGCCUCAACCGGAUCAAGUCAAACUGAUGGCACUUCCGGUAAAGCAUCCUUGGAGGCGCUGCAAGAGCUUGGACUGUAUGUCGUGGAACCUGGAAGUGGUCAAGUGUACGUAUUGAGUACGUUAUCCUCUAUAUCAUUUGAAGAUCGAAUAGAUCCAUAUCACAACAAAAAGACGUCAAUGUCUAAAUUGCCGCUCACAUUACCGCAGUUGGUCGAAUUGAGUCCGUUCUCCUUUCCGGGUGAUGCCUCUCGAGUCUUUGUGGGACAUAAAAGUACGUCUUUAGUUGAAUUAGACGUUCGUAGUGGAAAGAUUGGCGCUGUAUUUGGUGGGUCGCAGAGUAGCGGUGGUGUUUGGUGUUCUUCAAAAGACGAUGAUGAAAACAAGGAUCAAAAUUGUGGCGACGAGAGCGAUCGAUCCAAAGAGUGGGCAUAUAUGGGCAGAACCGAUUAUACCCUCACGAUUCACUUACGCGGUCGACCUGCUUUGUCACAGACGCUUCAUUUCAGUACCUUUUCCCCUAAUUCUGCCGAUCGUGAUAUCGCGGAGCUCUGGCUUUCGAGAGGAUUCUCACCAGAUAAACGAACAAUGAUUGGAAUGCCUGAAGAAAGUUCAAUCAUGUGCUUUGAUUCGUCUCAGCAUAGCAUGAAGUCAACCGAGAAGAACGAUCGCACUUUAUGGAUCAGUGAAUUAGGCGCAACUGUAGCAGGGAUCUUUGAUGUCGUCUACGCAAAUUCUCCAUCAAGUUCGAACGAUUACCUUCAGCCGCUCUUGUUGCCGCAUCCGAAGAGCACAUUGAAUGAUAUCUUCUCCCGAAUAGGUGCAGGGUCGAAGUAUUCAACUCACGGAUUAGGAAGAAUCGGUGAUCGUUCUUCCAGGGAGUCGGUAUUGGAAAGGAGCAAAGCAACUUAUUUGGGCGUUUCCAACGGCCACCUGUUUGCAAUGGGGAGCGAUCAAUAUCCUCUGGUAGCCUUCUCUCCUCGAGCA